AUGUUGACGAAAAUCGCUUUAUUAGUAAUUUGCUUUAUGGGUGCAAUUAAUGCACUGCCACAGGACAAAAUCGUUGGUGGUCAAUUUGCUGAAGCGCACCAAUUUCCGUACCAAGUUGCUUUGUUCUACCGGAACAGUUUCCGAUGUGGGGGAUCCGUCAUAGAUUCCCAGUGGGUUUUAACAGCCGCGCACUGUAUUCUGGAAGGAGAUCAGCAGGUAACUCCUAGUAAAUUGGAAGUUUUAGUUGGAAACUCCGACCUCAACAGUGGAGUCAAAAAAUUCGCAGUGUCCAACACAUUUGCCCACGAAUUGUACGGAAAUUUCGAAAAUGAUAUCGCCCUUAUAAAAAUCAAGAAGCAGUUCACGUUUGAUGAAACCGUACAGAAAAUCCAGCUCUACACUGAGGAACUAGAGGAAUCGACUACAGUGAUUAUUUCCGGCUACGGUCGUAUCGGAACCAACCAAGCUGCUUCGGAGCAGCUGAAAUACAAUACCAUGUUCGUAGUAUCGCGUAAGGAUUGCUCGUCCGAAACGGGACUCAAUCAGAACGGACUUAUUUGCCUCAACAACGAGCCGAAUAAUGGGGCCUGCAACGGUGACUCUGGUGGUCCAGCAGUGUACGAGGGCCAAUUGGUAGGUGUAGCAAACUUCGUGUUGAGCGAAUGCGGAACCCGCCAUCCCGACGGAUAUGCCAAGGUUGCUUCCUAUGUUGAUUGGAUUGAACAAACAAUUGCCGAUAAUUGA